AUGGUUUCCUUCCCACGCUUGGUACAACGCUUCGACUCGGCUAGCAAUACCAUGAUUACUAAGAAAUACCCAGGCGAUCUUCAACUGAAGCAUGUUAAGGAAGUAUUAUCUGUGGAUAAGGACAUAGCCACCUAUCCAGGUCCUCUUUUGGUGGAUAAUGCCGCUCAAAUGAAAAAUAAGCGCAAGGAUGUCUUGAAGUUCAUUGAGCACAAGAUCAAUGGGUUAGAGCAUGGACAGCAGGAUGACGCCUUUGAUGCACACCGCGUCCUUAUCUGGCGCUUGUUUAAAGUAAUGUUUGAGCAGGAAGGCGCUCUAGUGGGAGGCCCCAAGAUUGAUGAAGCUGUCCGUAGCGUGCUACUAUCCAUUCCCCUGACAAUGUAUCCGGCCGAGUCAUUUCAUGAGCAUACUGGCCCUGUCAGAACAUCUGCUUCCCUUGAUAAACUCCAGGACCUUCUUCGUAGAGGCGACCGAGCCGGCGCCGUCCGCUAUGCAAUGAAUGCAAAUCUUUGGGCUCAUGCGCUUGUCAUUAGUAGUUCUGUCAAUAAAGAGCUAUGGAAAGAGGCCGUCAAUGGCUUUGUUAACCAGGAACUUAUGGCUGGAGGAGGAGAGCAACAGGCGAACGGUCGCGAGGCUAUGCGUGUAUUAUAUGCUCUAUUCUCUGGUCAAACUCAAAGCGCCAUCAAUGAAAUCAUUCCAAUGGGCCUUCGUAACCCUCCCGAGGAUACCCAGAAUGGCUCCCAAGUACAAGAAGAGCAGUUCGUCACUGCAGAGUCACUAUCGUUUGUGAAGCCUAUUGAGGAACCCAAGAUUCCAGGGACUAGUCUUGGCCAGUGGCGUGAUACGCUCGCUAUGAUCUUGUCUAAUCGCACUGCUGGAGAUCAAAGUGCUAUUUGUUCUCUUGGAGAUCUUCUGAUGAAGGAAGGAUGGGUCGAGGCUGCUCACAUUUGCUACUUGCUCUCCCCUCAAGUCUCUCUGCAUUCUGGAUUAGAUGCUCCCUCAAACCGCUUGGUCUUAAUCGGUGCUGAUCAAAGCCCUUAUGCAGCGUUCCCAUUCUACAAGAAUAUCACUGCUUUUCAAAAGACCGAAAUUUAUGAGUUUGCCUGUGCGUUAAAGAGCCCUGGUGUGGCUAGUGCACUUCCUUUCUUACAACCAUACAAGCUUCAUUAUGUCUGGACUCUAGUGGAGUUGGGAAUGUUCUCUGAGGCCGGAAGAUAUCUGGAAUCGAUCGAAGCUAUUGUCAAGUCGCAAACGAAGGGGUCUCCUUACUACAACGUUGUGUUCCUUGAACGUCUCAAGGAUAUUACCGAGCGUUUGACUGGCAGUUCACAGCUCACAGUUACUGAGGAAUCCUGGUUUACCAAAAAGGUGCCAAAGCCCACUAUUGGUGGUAUUUUUGAUGCAUUGGAUAGUAAGAUCUCUAAGUUUAUUGCUGGCGAUAAUGAUCAGCCCAAACCAGUGAUUGUGGAGCCAAAGGCUAAUUCUGUUGAAUCUGGCCCUUUCGCCAAUGCCCCUGCUCUGCCUGAUUUGAGUAAUAUUCCACCACGUGCAUUAUCGCGUUCCAGUAAUGGAGCCCGUGCUACAAACCAAGAUUCUGCUAUUGAUCGCAGUAGACGUCCCUCGGGCUCUAAGUUAGAGGUACCCAAAGCAAACAUUUACGGCCAAGGACAACCAACCACUACUUAUGCAAAUCCUAUACAAGCCAGUGGAUAUGACCAGAAUGACGAGUACGGUUUGCAGACAUACCCGCAGACUGAUGCCAAUACGGCAUAUGGCUACCACAGCCAAGGCUAUAACAAUGAUCCGAACCAAACCUUUGAAGAAUCGUAUCAGGAGGGUGGGGAAACUUCGGAUUACAGGGGCUAUAGUCAACAAGCUCAACCUCAGGAGCAGCAGAUGUUUACUAACAGUGGAGGCCAGCUUGCUCAAAGUGGGUACGACACCAACUACAAUACUGGAUACAAUUCUCAAUAUGACAAUCAGUAUGCAGGCCAAGGUGACUUUACUAAUGAAUCUGUCGCCACACAAGCUGCCCAGACUGAUGCAACAUUUCUCAAUCCUGGUUCGGCCCACUAUUCUGCAACAGCAGCUCUCGAUUCAGUCAAGCCCGCCGAGGAUGGUUACCAGACUGGUGCUGAUACCAUACUUGCAACUACUUGUGAAUAUGGCGUAGCACAUGAGAUACAAGCAGAAGGACCUAGCUAUAACUAUACUGGGGAGGGUGUUUAUAAUGGCGAGUACCAGCAGGGUCAGGAGUAUCAAGGCAAUCAAGAGCAACAAUAUGAUGGUUCUCCUGGUGAACAGCAGCACGACCAAACAUAUGCUGAGCAGCAGUAUGACCAGGCUUAUGGUCAGCAGCAUGAUCAGGCGUAUGAUGAGCAACAAUAUGACCAGAACUACAAUGGACAGCAGCAGUAUGACCAAUCUGGUUACCAAGACCAGAGCCAAUUCCAAACCAUUGAAGGCGUCAAUCAGGAUUUUGCUGCAGAAUAUAAGGACUACAGCUACCAGGAACAGGAUGCUGAUCAAAAACAGCAAGUAUCUCUGGCUGCCACCCCCGCAGCUGAAGCCUCUGGUAAUGCAAUUAGGUCAUAUGAGCGAACUGAAAUCCUUGCUGAUGAACCCACACUUGAACAGCAGGUAUACUCUUCCGAAACUAUACCUACAGCAGUUGCUAAUGACUCAGCUCCUGUCAUCGGGAGUCAACAGGGGAGCUAUGGCUAUCACGAGGGAGAUUUCCAACAAGCUGAGUACCAGCAAGGGGAUUAUCAGCAAGGCGAGUACCAAGACCAAAGUGAAUAUCAGCAAGGUUAUCGCCAAGGAGAUCAUCAACUACAAGAUGACUACCAACAAGGUAACUACCAUCAAGACGAUUACCAACAAGGCGAUUACCAACAAGGCGAUUAUCAGCAGGGUGACUACCAGCAAGGCGACUAUCAACAGGGUGAUUAUCAGCAAGAGGGUUACCAGCAAGAAGGCUACCAGCAAGAAGGUUACCAGCAAGAAGGUUACCAACAAGAGGGUUAUCAACAGGGAGAUUACCAGCAAGGAGACUAUCAACAAGGAAGUUACCAACAAGGAGGUUACCAGCAAGAUAAUAAUUCCAAAAAUGCACCUCCUCUGGAUGAAACUGCUCAGCCAGGCUUUUCUGGGUCUAAUGCACCAUCCAUGUCGGAAGACCAUAAAGAUCAAGUAGUAGGCCAAGGGGAUCAGGCACAACAGAGUCAUUUCAAUGACAAUGCAUGGUGGAGUAAUGGUGGUAAUGGCAGUGUAGACCCUAAUGGCACAGAAGAACAACAGGUCUUCGCAGCUAACGACAACUCUCAGGAACCAGUCCAAGAAAGUUACGAGGAAGGUCAGUUUAUUUCAUUUGGCGCUGUCCCAACUAUCCCAUCGUUUGGCCAGCCUGCAAUGCCAGUCAAUAACAGCAACCAACAUACAUUUGAUGAUGACGACGACUUGGGAAUGGGUAAUAACGCCCUCAAUAAGGGAAAGACAGCUGCUACGGAAAAGACUGAUGGCACUACAGCAACCCAAGCUUCAGAGGAUUCAAGUACGCCUGACAAUGGAUCAAAUGAACCCAAGGCUGGAUGGUGGCCCAAGCUUUCGCUUUUGGUAGGUGAAAAGCGUGAAUCCACACCAAGGCCCGUUAGAGCAAAUCUGGGUGAGGAAUCUUCGUUCUAUUUUGACAAGGAGCAACAGCGUUGGGUUAAUAAAAAGGGCGGGGCAGAAUCAUCGAGCACAGCAGAGCCUUUGCCACCACCAGCUAUGCCUCGUACAUCUUCACCCGCAAGUGGCCCCCCCAAUUCGGCAACAGGAUCUUCUGCGGCAAGAAGAGGAGCACGCUCAAAAUAUGUGGAUGUUUUGAAUACCAAUUAG